AUGGAAAGCAACUUAUCAACAAGCAAUAACACACAGGCUUGCGCGGCAUGUAGAUUUCAACGCAGAAGGUGUGGCUCAAACUGCGUUCUCGCACCUUAUUUUCCUCACGAUCGUCAAAACCAAUUUCUCAACGCACACAGAUUAUUUGGUGUUGGUAGAAUCACCAAUAUGUUGAAGACUCUUGAUCCUCAAAACAGAGAUAUAGCUGCGAGUACCAUUAUUUACCAAUCUGACAUGCGCGCCAUAGAUCCUGUUGGCGGUUGUUACAGCCUAAUUCAUCACUUGCAGUCACAGAUUGAGUCCACCGAAGCCGAACUUCACCUUGUUCUUCAACAUCUUGCUUCUUUCAAGGCUCAGGCUAGCUCUGGUAACAUCAUCAAUGGCACCCCUCAAUCUUAUCUUGAAUCAAUGCCACUAGAACUACAACAACAACAACAACAAUACGUCAGUUAUAAUCCUUCACAAGAAGACAUCAACACGUGGGCUUUACAGAACUCCAUUCCUUUGUCCCAUUUGUCUAUAGAGGAUAACCAAGAACCUGUUGUCGAUUCUGGGUACGAUGAUCAAAAGCCUGUUCUUGACUUCAUGAACAAAAUAAAUUCGGAUGUUUGA